AUGGUGACUGUUGUUUUGUAUGUCCAGUUGCUAAUCAGCAGAGCUCCCAACUUACCCCACCUGACUAUGUUGCAUGCUACAAUCAUCUUUAUCCGUGAUAAAACAAAAACUGGUCCAGAGAUUUCUGGAUAUAUUGAUUAUUCUCAUCGACUGAAGACUGAAGAUUUUGAAGUUUACUUUAGUGGAAAGAAAAAACUUAUGCCAGUGCCUACAGAUUUAAGCUAUUAUAAUUGGGAUAGUCAUAUCUCAACAUCAAAUUCAAGUCCAAAUUACCAAGUGAUUGCAGAAAAUCCAUCUGGAUUACUGUUUAAAAAUAAGAGGGACAGGAAAAUACUAAACGUGGAUCCUAAGGCCCUUCCAGGAGACAAUUCAACUCGGAUAAAAAUCAAGACUGAUCUUUACAUUCAAGUUGUCCUUUACGACCACAUCACCCGUAGAAAAACUUAACCUGUAAUUGUAUCAAGCCUGGAAAUGGGAUUUUUGUUAAAAAAUAAUAAACAUAUCUCAAUAAU